AUGUCUAGUCGCUCGAAGAGGAAACUCGAGCUCUUCGAUCCAAACGCGUCUGAUCCCGAAGACCUCGAUUGGGACGCUGCUGAGCGACCGUCGCCCCAGAAACGCCGCAAGCGACCAUCGUCGGCCUCCAAGAGGAAGGCGCCGAAGCGCCCGCGUCGUGGGUAUAACGGCUCUGACGUCGACGACGACGAAGAAGAACUAGUUUCCGACGACGAUUUCACCGAGCGCUCGUCUUCCGAGGAUCUAGAGAUCAACCCGCACACCGGCCGAAGCGUGCGCCGCGCGACGAAGAAGCACGUCAAGUACGAGGAGAGCGAAGAAGACGAGAUCGAAGACACCCCUUCCGAGGACGACGAAGACGCCAGCCCCGUGCCGAAUCGCCACAAGGCAAAGCAGAGCAUUGAGAGGCCAUCCCUCAUCGUGAAGCUGAAGAUGCCUAAUCACCCAUCUGGAAGGAACUUGCGCACCCGCCAGGGCAGCAAGUCCAUCGCGCGCGGUAAGACGCCCGAAGCAACAGGCACUCGCCGCAGCAGCCGUCUCUCGCAUGAUGUUGAGACUCCAAUCGUCGCUCUCUCCGACUCCGGUAAACACGUCAACAUCCUCCGCCAGGGUACGCGCAGCCCAGAGCCAGUCCUCUCGCGCGCCACGCGAGGAGGCAAAGGCCCCAUGGUCCAGCAGCCCAGCGCUAUCAUGGAAGCUUCCCAGGAACAAUCCAUGGUCCGCGAUGACAGCGCCGGUCCGCUCGACGAGCUUCUUGCUGAGGGCAAUGAGACCCAAGUGCAGGCUAGUCACGAAGGCUCACCGGAGCAUGAAGCCCAAGUCGCCAAAGACGAUGGUGAAGGUGAAGAUGAUGAAAUGGAGGGCGUCGUUCAGGAGUCGCAGCACGAAGCCGCCGCCGAUGACUCGGAAGAGGAGGGCCCAGUUACCCGAGGCGGUAGAAACUUGAGGUCUCGUGGAAAGUCCGCCAAGCGCAAGCGGGGCGUGGAUGAAAGUAGCGACUUCGAACCCGCUCCGGAAGACGAGAAGGAGGAAGAAGAGAUGUCGGAGUCAGACCAUGGAAAGGGUCAGCGGUCGACGUCCGAGGAUAGCGGAUCCGGCUCAGGCCGAAGAUCAGCUCGCAUUCGAGCAAAGACAAGACAGAGAAGCAGGCGCAAUUCCGACUUAUCAGAUCAAGAUUCUAAUCUUGACUUUGACGAGCUAGCUGAAGAAGCUGAGGAGCUGCAAACAAACAAGCGACGCCGUCUAAACAGGCGCGUGCCAGACCACGACCUUACCUACGACGCGGCCCCCAAGCUGCGCAACCGCGUCCGCAACAACGUCGAUUAUCGCCUGAUCCGCCCGGAGUUGAAUGCUGUCUUUGAUGAUGAAGAAGCCGCUGGAGCCGCUAUUGAGAAAUCCCGUUCCAAAGGACGCUCAACCUAUCGCAGCCUCUUCAGUAACCAAGGUCCGUUCGGUGGCGCUCUGGAAGCCGGGGCUCCCGGCGCUGUGGGUGGUAUGGACUCCGACAGCAGCGACGACGAAGUUCAGAAGAUGCCAAGGGGUGUCGGCGGCACCAUUGGCAUGACCCCGACAACCGCGACAGCGCCUGGCUUCGGCUUCCCACAAACCCACAACGCCGACCCUCAGCAAGCGACUGGAGCGGGCGGCGGCCCAGCCAACUUCGGAAAAGUCAAGGACAAGAAAGCUCUUGCAGACGCCGAUCCCCUUGGUGUUGAUCCAACUGUCUCCUUCGAGGGCGUCGGUGGCUUGGACGACCAUAUCAACAAGUUGAAGGAGAUGGUCAUGCUACCCCUCCUCUACCCCGAAGUCUUCCAACGAUUCAAGAUUACUCCACCUCGAGGCGUCUUGUUUCAUGGCCCUCCGGGUACUGGAAAGACGCUCCUUGCUCGCGCUCUUGCCUCUAGCGUUAGCUCCCAAGGUCAGAAGGUCACCUUCUACAUGCGUAAGGGUGCCGAUGCUUUGAGCAAGUGGGUUGGCGAAGCCGAACGGCAACUUCGUCUUCUCUUCGAAGAAGCACGCAAGACCCAACCAAGCAUCAUCUUCUUUGACGAAAUCGAUGGACUGGCUCCUGUGCGCUCUAGCAAACAAGAGCAGAUUCAUGCUUCCAUCGUCGCGACUCUUCUUGCUCUCAUGGAUGGCAUGGAUGGCCGUGGCCAAGUCAUUGUUAUCGGCGCCACCAACCGGCCCGAUUCAGUCGAUCCAGCAUUGCGACGACCCGGUCGAUUCGAUCGCGAAUUCUACUUCCCUCUCCCAAACCUAGCCGGACGACGAGCUAUUAUCGACAUCCAUACCAAGAAUUGGGAUCCGCCUCUAAAGCCUGAGAUGAAGGACCAACUCUCCGAGUUGACGAAGGGCUAUGGAGGUGCUGAUCUUCGAGCUCUUUGUACAGAAGCGGCCUUAAAUGCAGUUCAAGGAACCUUUCCCCAGAUCUAUAGCUCAGAGAAGAAGCUCCUCAUCAACCCAGCCAACAUCAAGGUCCUUGCGAAGGAUUUCAUGAUAUCGGUCAACAAGAUGGUCCCAUCUUCCCAGCGCACAGUCACCGCCAGUGCAGCUCCACUCGCUAAGAGCAUUGAGCCUCUGUUGAGGAAGCCGCUAGAGCGGAUACUUCGGCGCAUUGAUGAGCUCAUCCCAAGGAGGAAAAAGCUCACAGCUCUUGAAGAGGCCCAGUAUGAUGACCGAGACGACGAGAAAGGCUUCGAGCGAGAAACUACUAUGCGUAACUUCGAGACCGGCAGAAUCUUCCGGCCGCGUUUGCUGAUCAACGGUCUGCGAGGCAUGGGCCAGCAAUACCUCGGUGCGGCCUUGCUCAACAAGAUCGAAGGUCUCCAUGUUCAAUCGUUUGAUCUUCCGACCAUCCUUGAAGAUCCCGCUCGCACCCCAGAGUCAGCGAUUACCCAGUUAUUCACCGAGGUCCGGCGUCACAAACCAAGUGUCAUCUACAUCCCCCACGUUGACGUGUGGUACCAAACACUUCCUGGGCCUGCCGUCAAGACCUUCAAACUUCUACUGCGGAGUGUUGGCGCAAAUGAACCAAUCUUGCUCCUAGGUGUCAUGGAGCGGGCUAAUGAGAAGGAACGACCGGAUCCCCAGAUGCUCAUGGACCUUUUCUCAUUCUCGAAGCAUAACCAAUUUGAGCUACCGAGGCCAGAUCGAGAGGGCCGUGACGAGUUCUUCAACAACAUCAGUCACUACAUCAGGAUGUCACCAGCGGAUUUCCCCGAUCCAGAUAACAGGAAAAAGCGAGACUUGCCUGAGCUAGAACCCGCGCCUAUUACGGCUCCCAUUAUUGACCCUCAAGAACUUGCAGGUCGGGAGAAGUGGCAGAGAAAGCAAGAUCGCAUGACCCUCAACAAACUCAAAAUCGCCAUCCAGCCUGUCAUGGACCAGUUAAAGAAGGCAUACAGGAAAUUCUUCAAGCCUGUCAUCGAAGAAGCGUGGUACGCCUAUCUCCUUGAGGAAGAUGAUCCUCACCACAUUACAACAGACCUCCCGCCUGAGCAGCAGCAAGAGCACGGUGACAACCGACCUUGGGCGCGCUCAAAAGAUGCACGUGGAGUCGAUAUUCUACUUCAUGUUCCAAGCGGGAACAAGUACUACAAUCUUGAUCUUAACAACAUUGAGAAGCGCCUUUCGAAUGGGUACUACAAGCGUCCUAAAGACUUUCUAUUCGAUAUCAAGACUCUGGCUAAAGAUUCCAAAACAUGGGGCGACCCCGAGCGAACAUUGAAGGCAAACGAGAUGCUAACGAACGUUGAGGUGGACAUGGACAUGAUCUGCAAUAACAACUCUAGUCUAGCAGCAGAAUGCGAAGCUGUCUAUCUGCGGGAGCUUGACAGGGAGCGCAAAGCUAAGGAGAAGCGCGAGAAAGAGCUUGCUGCCGGCAAAGAAACCACAACCGAGGUGGCUAAGGUACCCCCACAUCAAUCGCUAGGCACGACCACCGAAGGGUCCGGCCCUAUCACACUAGGGGUGCCUGUCCCUGGAUUGUCAGCGAUGCCCCCAGUGACGCCCUUGCGAGCGUUCCCACCCACAGGCCCGUUAACAAACGGUACGAGCACAGAGGAAGCUGGCCAUACUGAGCAGAACGGAUCCACCGUGCCAUCUCGACCAGAUGAUGAUGCCCAUAUGACAGACAGUCAGGAUCUCAACGCCAAUACUCAACACCAGUUCCAGACGCCCAGCAGAGUUGGCACGCAGACUCAGAAGUCGCAAGUUUCCGCUCAGACCUUCAUGGCUCCGAACUCUCACCCAGGAGAGUACCACAACAGCGCAUCGACCACAACGUCCGGCCAGAAGACAUCAGACCGAUCUUCCGGAGCGAGGUUCAACACUCAGAGCACCAACGGCGUGGCUCCCGCUGGCGUUCCCGACUUCUCGGAAAUGAUACCUCAGGGGGGAGGGUCACAGCUUCCCGAUACGCAAGGUUUGUCAAGUUCGUAUACUCGACUCCAACGCCCUGCACGGUUCACAGCUAACUUGUCGCCAAUUCCAGAGGUCCACUACAUCAGCAGUCAACCUUCGAACUCGCAGCCAUCUCAAUCAUCACAGCACAAAAACAUGCCGGCUCCUGCGCCUCCUCGACACACAUCGAAUAUCAACGCCGUUCUGAACGACGCUGCCGAGCCACAGCUCCUGCUAGACGAAGUUCAGCUGAAGGCUUUGCGUGAACACCUCGUGGCGAAGGCUUCAGGCUGUUCACUGGAACAGCUGGAGCAAGUCAACGCUGCCCUUAUGGACACCAUCUGGAAGCACCGAGCAGAAUGGAACCGCAACGUUGUGAUGCACAAGGUCUCUGAAGCUUUCAAUGAGAUCAUCUCGGAUAUCGAGACCAUGCAGCAGAUCAACAAGUCGAGCCAGGACGAGCUGGAGAUGCUACAGACGCAGCUCCCUUCAACGCAGCUAGCUCGGUACGGCUACUCCGAGACUCAACAACCCGACACUCAGUAUUGGGGCUCUUCGCGUCAGCCGCAGAGUGGACAGCAUGGUCCAGUUGAGCCGUCUCAGUAUCCUUGAGCAACGACUGCAUCGGCCAUUCGAAGUACCGUACCAGCCUCACGAUACGGCAUCUCACACAUUGCAACAACCAACGAACCAUAGCGUUCAGCAGGCAGCGGAUCAUCAAAAUCACGCAAGCGAUCUCUUUUCGAAUUUCGCCUCGACGAGGCACUGCACAUUGCACUCUUUCCCUGUACGAUUCCCCAUGAUUUCACUGCUUUUACCACAUUCGGCGUUUCAAAUGAAGACUCGGCGCCUUUUCCACUGGCGUAGCAUGCAUGCAUCCAAGAGAUUUCCCUGUCGUCCCCCUCCUACACAUAUUGUACCAUUGUGCUACAUCAU